GACGAUUAAAGAGCAGUUGAAGUAGGCCCUAUUUAACGCACCUGUUAUGCCGGGGUGUCGGCGUGGGAAAGCGGCCUAACAGUCCUCCAUGUCCCCGCUGUAGUUGCCCUCACCUGCAGCCCGCCACCAUGCCCUUGAACGCCGGGGACAACGGCUACGGAAGCGUGGCCUCCCCGGUCCUCACGGCCAGCGAGGCCGGUUCGGAGACGGCCUCUUUGCUGGUCCCGGACCUCGCACCGGACCCGCCGUGGCGGCCUAUGAGCAAGGAGGACCUCGAAGUGAGCGCUGGGAGCCCCGGCUGGAGGAGGGUGCGCUGCUACCUGGUGCUGCUCUUCUGGCUGACUUGGUUAGCCAUGUUGGCUACCGCCGUCGCCAUCAUCGUCGCCAGCCCGCGGCCGGUGCCUGUAACGCUCAGCUGGUGGCAGAAAUCCUUAUUUUUUCAACUGCAGCCUGACCUGUCGACGGGGCAACAAUCUGAGGCUGUUUGUGAGCAACUUCCUUACUUCAAGUCUUUGGGCAUUAGCGGGCUCAUCCUGCAGGGCUUCUUUGGUCCCCGGUCUGCAUCCCCGGUAAACGUCACUGAGACCGGGGAGCGGUCUGGAACACUGCCCCAGAUCCAGCAUCUGCUCAGCGAGAGCGACAAAGCUGGCCUCAAAGUGCUGUUGGACGUGUGUGACGCGCAGAUUUUGGAUUCUCGGGAUGAAGUCACGCAGGUCAAAUGUGCUCUUGAUCAACAUGUCUUCAGCAUUGCUGUAAGUCCUAAAACACUGCAUUUUUCCCCACAGCAUGUCCUUCGAUUCUGGUUGGAGAAGGGAGUGGCUGGAUUUUUAAUAUGUGAUACAGAUAAAGCUUAUUCAGAAGAAACUCUGUUGGCAUGGAGAAGUAUCUUGAAGGAGUUCAGCCAAGAAGAAGAAGAAGAGAGGAUUGUUGUGGUGAAACAAACCGGAGACAUCCUCCUACCUCUGGGAGGCUCCGCCCAGCAGCGGCUAAACAUCACCUUGGUGGAUGUGGUCAUGAGGUCAGUGCUGCCGGCCUCGCCUCACCCGCUGUCCGCCCAGGAAGUGGCGGUCGCCAUCGAGCGCCACCUGCAAACACCUGAACACACGUGGCUCGGCUGGCAGGUCGGAGGCAAAGCUCCUCAUGACUUGAGGAACCUGCUGCUGGUGUUGAUGAUGACCCUGCCAGGGACGCCUGCAGUCCAGUACCAGGAACUGGACCCAGCACAGACAGUUUCUCCUCAUGAGGGGUCAUUGCAAGGAGCAAAUAAGAGUGAAACAGCAUUGAAAGCCAAGCCGCAGCGUUCCACAGCGGCCCUCCUCUCCUCUCUCAGUCACAUCCGAGGCCGAGAGGAAGCGCUCCUCUUCGGAUCCUUCACCUUCCUCCCCUUCAACACCUCCUUUUCCUCAAACGCCACCCAGUCCCCCGCCCUGGCCUUCCUGCGCUCUUGGGGCUGCGUCCAUUUCCUGGUUCUGAUCAACGUCGGACCCGAGCGUCACGCCCUAGAUCCCGCCUGGGCGCCCAGCCUGCCCGAGGGCGGCGUCUUCGUGUCCAGCUCCGAGAAGGAGCGCCUGGGGGCCGUCGCCCUGAAGACGCUGGUGCUGCAACCCCGUGAGGCCGUUGUCAUCAAACUGUUUGAGCCGGGAAAAUACUCAUAAACAAAACAAAGAAUGGAAUAAAUAACACUUCUAUUAUUUUUAGUAACUGACAAUAAAGUGGUUAAAUCCUCA